AUGGCGCGACACGGUCUCGACAAGGACUCAACCAACCUCGGCGUCCUCCAUACGCAGGUGAAGGCUGCAGUCAAGGAUUACAACAGCGACAUUGUUGGAGACAAGGUUGACAUUGCUCACAUAUUUGCAGGAAAAAAGCCAACAAUCCCAGUGCCCCGAAAAUCUGCAGACCGCGAAGCUGGGUUUCCAUGGUCAACUCUGACGCCUCUGGCUGGAACCGGCUGA